ACAUUGCUCCCUCCUCAGUCAGGGCUAUUAUACUCGCUGCUGGCUUAUUACACAUCGGUAAGAAGGUCCGAGCAAUAAUGGCGACAAAAGACGGCGACAUUUUGAUGCUAGAGGCCCCGCCGGAGUAUCGUCCGGCGGUGUCUAGUAGUGCGGAAGUGAUAGAUGCGUUGCCGUACAUUGAUGACGACUACGGUGAUCCCAAUGUGAAAGAAGAGGUGGACCGUUUGGUCGAAGAGGAGAUGCGCCGCAGCUCCAAAAAACCUUCCGAUUUCCUCAAAAACCUCCCUCCUCUUCGUAAAUUCAACUUCGAGAAUCAUCCUAUGCUUGCGAGGGAAUAUGAGCGGGUGAGAGCUGGAAAACCUCCAGUACAAAUAGAUACUUCACGAUAUGGACUUGAGGUGCCGCCUGUGAACAAACGCAAUGAUGAAACUGCAUGGAAACAAUCUCUUCAAAAAGCUCAGCGAUUACUGCAGCAUCAAGUAAUCAGGCUAGAAAAUCUGGAUCUAAUGUCAAAGCAUGGUCCUGAUGUGUGGAAGCUGUACAAUCAACAACUGGAGGCAUUUCUAGCCAGAAUGCAAUCACAAGCUGCUGAACUGAAUGAAAUGAUAGAAACAGCAAACAGGGAAAGGAAAUAUCAUCAGCAAACUACUGCAUAUGAGCUCAAUGCGUUGUCCAUGCAAUGGAAAGAGCUCUGUCUGAAAAAUAUAGAAAUCCAAUCUGCAUGUGGGGAACUACAAGACCACAGAGAACAACUGAAGAAGGAGGCUGAAGAGAGGGGCUGGAAUUUGGAGGCUAAUGUUGAGAAUGGCAAAAUGCCAUAUGCAGAAUUAUGAGGUGUAGGUCCAUUAAUCAUGAAGAUUUGCUGCUGCUGGACUAAGCUGGAGAAGUUGCUCUAAGGUUUGAAGUCCUCGCUUUAGGUCAGUGUGAUGAGGUUUGACCAUGUCUUUUGUUGGCAAUAUUCUGUUAGGCAUUGCUUUACAAACCUGGUGAGGAAUGUGUCCAGUGUGGAAAAACGCAUUGCCUUGCCCCUCUGUAUGGACCAUUUCUUUGUGCACAUGUUCAUUUCCUUAUCUUGGUAACAGCUCUAUUUAUGAACAUGUAAUUGGUGAAUGAUCCGACUUGGAAGCAGACCCAAUUUAGUUCAAAGACGACUUUUUUCAACUCAGCGGAAGAACCAAUAUCACCAUUA